AAAACGGAAGUGGGUGUUCCCUGUGCUCUAUGGGUUGCUGACGAAUAAAACAAAAUCGACAUAUGCUCGCUUUUUUCGACUCGUCAAAGAAAUUUGGCCGCAGUUCAACCCACGUGUUUUCUCAACAGACUACGAAGCAGCAAUUAUUGGAGCUAUUCAGGAGGUUUUUCCUCGUUCAGACCUGGCCGGUUGUCUGUUCCACCUGGUUAGGAAUCUUAAAAAAGCAAUUUGCGAUGCUAAUUUAAUGCAGCGUUAUAAAAAUGAUCCUUUGUUUGCCGCUGAUGCCAAAUUAAUUACUUCAAUAGCUUUCCUGCCUAUCUGUGAUAUAUCUUUGGCAAUCAUUGCUUUAGAGACCUAUCUCCCACUUGAAUUACAACCUGUUCUUGACUGGUUUGUCAUGUAUUUUAAUUUUUAUUUAACGUUCAGGUUUAUUACAAAUUAUACUGGCCGUUUGCGUAUGGAUGGUAUGCGAAACCAACCGAGGUUUGAUCCAGCAAUCUGGAGCGUGCAUAGAAGGGUACUUGAAAUGGGGGAUAGAACUAAUAAUUACGCAGGUUAAGAAGCUGCACAUAAAAAACUCCAACGGGCAUUCAGUUGUUCGCAUC